AGACAAAUAAGAGACUUCAACACUUUUCCAUUCGCCGCAUUUAAUACACAAAAGGUGGUUCAACAUGAGAAUUUCAAUGCUAUUGCUCAAUCAGACAAGCCCUUUGCUGGCUUCACUGGACAUACCAACUGAGAGGCUUAAAAUGGAGCCUUUGCUUUCAAGAAGGCAGAAAGAGAAGGUUUUGAUUAUAAUGGGAGCAACCGGAGUUGGCAAAUCUAAACUCUCCAUCGACCUUGCGAGACGAUUUCCAGCAGAAAUCAUAAAUUCUGAUAAAAUGCAAAUGUUUGAAGGACUUGACAUAACUACCAACAAAAUCACAGAGGAAGAGCAGUGUGGAAUACCCCACCAUUUGCUAGGAAUUCUAAAUCCUAACGACGACUUCACAGCUGAAAACUUCUGUGAAGUGGCUUCACUAGCCAUUGACUCGAUUUCGAAUCGGGGUCAGCUUCCAAUCAUUGUUGGAGGCUCUAACUCAUACAUUGAGGCCUUGAUUGAUGAUAAAGAUUUCAUAUUUCGAACACGAUACGACUGUUGCUUUCUCUGGGUAGACGUAUCAAUGCCUGUGCUACAUUCAUUUUUGUCAGACCGAGUUGACAGGAUGAUCGAAAAUGGGAUGGUGGAUGAAGUGAGAAAUAUAUUUGAUCGCACAGCGGAUUAUUCAAAAGGGAUAAGAAAAGCAAUCGGGGUGCCAGAGUUUGAUGAAUACUUCAAAGAAGAAACGUUUCUUGAUGAGGAGAAUCGAAAGAAGGCACUUAAAAAAGCCAUUCAAAAGAUUAAAGACAACACUUGUGAAUUGGCAUGUCGGCAAUUGAAGAAGAUACAUCGACUGAGAAACGUCAAGAGGUGGAAUAUUCAUCGUAUUGAUGCAACAGAAGUGUUUCGAAAGUGUAGCAAACCAGCAGAAGAAGCGGAGGAAAAGCGUGUGGUUGGCCCAAGCACCACCAUAGUGGCAGAGUUUUUGUAUAAUUUUGUCUCCAUGGAAGUCCCUGCCCCUGUAGCUGAUAUCAGAGAUCACAUCACACAAUGCCUUGUGACAUAAUCAACUUGUCAAAAAUCAAUUUUGAUGGGCUUUCACAAUCAUAAUAAUGUUAUUCCAAGGCAUAAAUAAGUAAUAGAAAUCCUUCAUUGUAAUCCCAAGA